UGUUGGUCACACUGCUUGGUGAAAAAUAAAAACACGGGAUGUCGGGAUGACAAGCGUAGUUGGUCUAGAAAAAUACGCAUUUUCUUCUCGAAAAUCAACGGUGGCCAAUGUUUUAGACCCCGUUUUAAGAUUUGAGUCGAGUUGUUAAUUUCUUUCCGGCAUAUUUUUAUACACCGUGGAAUCGACUCGAUCUAUAUGAACCCAGCAAACAGGGGCUGUGGUGGAGGCGACGGCGAGGACCCCAGUUCCAAAUCUUCGUCUGCAUCUGUGAAACCUCUGACGAUCAAACCCUCUACUCAUCAAGAUCAAUCGUUGUCCCCUGAAUCGGAAAGCAUGAAGAGAGCAGCUGCCAAAAAGCUCAUCGAGCGAUAUUUUUACCAAGUCACAGAUGGCUGCGGCGACCCUGAAUGUGAUAAUUCCAACUGCGUUUCUAGUGGAAAGAUGAAAAACAUGAAGCCCAAUGAAGCGGCAGCUAUGGCCAUCCAGUUGUUCUCACAAGAAGCGCGCCUUUGCGAGCCGCAACGCAAAAUUGCCCGUACACAAGACAUAUCUGCUAAAACUCCGACUACUCCGGAGGAAAAAUCUGUCCCCUAUCUUAAUGAAGAGAAGCUGCUGGAAAUUCUGGAGAGCUGCAAACGGGAAGACUCAUACUCGAAGCUGAUCAGGACAAUCGGCGCCGUCUUUUCGAACAUGGAGUCUCUUCUGAUCAGCUUUGUCAAGAAACCCAACUCCCCUCUAGAGGCCAUGCUGAGCAAAGCGCCGAGCAAUUUGCGAAACCUCAAGAAGGAGGACAUCAGAACGCUGCAGGGCGACCUGGACAAGGACGAGGACAGUCAGGAGGAGGCGGAGAAAGAGGGCGAGUGCUCGAGUCAGUGCCAAACCUCUGGCCCGGACGAAAUCACCCUGGACUUAGAAAGUCUUCGUCGGGCCUACUCGGCGCUCUUCUCGGUCGACAGCAAAGUGUUCGAAAGUGCCCUUAUCAACGCCCUCAUCACCCUCACAGGGAUGGUCGAGCUUGACCUGAAAAUGUUCCACAACUUCAAGGACGAGCCGAACGUAGUGAAUAUUUUUCUAAUCAUGCUAGAACUGCCGUGCUUGUCCUCCUACGAGUACAUGGAGCGCACCCUGCCCGGGAUCUGCCGGGCGGCGUCCCACUUGCCACUGGCCAUGCAGGCCAAACUGGUCCGGGUGCUGGCCAAGCACUGCUCCCAAAAGCUGAAGGGUCUGCUCGACUCUCUGCAGCAGAUCAUCACCCUGAAGGUGAUCACCAGCCAGUUCUCCUUGGAGUACACGGUGUACGACGAGGAGACGGUCACUUCGGCCACCAGGUUGAUCAAAAUAAUCUACUACGCUUCGAUUCUGGCCGGGGAAAUGGACUCGCCAGAGCUGAGGAUCGAAGAUGAAAAGACUCCCGAGGAAGUGGAGGACGACCACUUUGGUGAGCCGGUCAGCGGCCUGGACUCGAGAGAGCCGGACGUGACGCCGCCUGACCCUUUUGCGGAAGAGUUGCAGAUCAAUUUUCUGGACAGCCGGAAACCGCUGAUCUCCUUCUCCGAGUUUUACAACGAACCCCUCAGUGAUGUCAUCGAGAUGGACAAGGACUACACACACUUCAAGAACCGAGACUCGUCCAACAGGUUCAGUUUUCUGAACCACCCCUUCAUCCUGACCCCGUUCACGAGGUCACUAGGUCUCUAUUACGACAACAGGGUGCGGAUGUUCAGCGAAAGAAGGGUCAGCCUUCUGCAGUCGGUCGUCGGCAACCCCACCAGUCCCUACCUCAGGUUGCGGGUCAAAAGAGACAGGAUCAUUGAAGACGCUUUAGUAGAGCUUGAAGUAGUAGCCAUGGCAAACCCAACUUACUUGAAGAAGCAAUUAGUGGUUGAAUUUGAGGGCGAGCAGGGUAUUGACGAAGGUGGCGUGUCCAAGGAAUUCUUCCAGCUCGUAGUUGAGGAAAUUUUCAACCCCGACUAUGGAAUGUUCACGCAUCAAAAAGAAACAGAGACUGUUUGGUUCAAUCCCACCUCUUUCGAGAGUGAUGCUCAGUUUACCCUGAUCGGCAUUGUUUUGGGACUGGCCAUUUACAACAAUGUGAUCCUCGAUGUGCACUUCCCUAUGGUUGUUUACUGCAAGUUGAUGGGCAAAAAGGGCUGCUUCCACGACCUCAAAGAUUGGAACCCGACUCUGUAUGCUGGUCUCAAAGAGUUGCUGGAGUACGAAGGAGACGACAUGGAAGACACUUUCAUGCAGACCUUCAGAAUUUGUUACCAGGAUAUUUUUGGAAACACUUUCAACCAGGAUCUCAAGGAAAAUGGAGAUCAAAUUUUUGUCAACAAGAAUAACAGACAGGAAUUUAUCGACCUUUAUGCAGACUUUCUACUCAAUAAGUCAAUUGCUAAGCAAUUCAGAGCGUUCAGAAAAGGUUUCAGAAUGGUCACAGAUGAAUCUCCCUUGCACAUUUUAUUCAGGCCUGAGGAAGUUGAGCAACUAGUCUGUGGCAGCAGGAACUUUGACUUCAAUGCUCUGGAAGCUGCCACCGAAUAUGACGGGUAUGCUGCGGACUCGCCCAUAAUUCGCCACUUCUGGGGUGUCGUCCACGAGUUGCCAAUCGAAAGUAAAAGAAGACUUCUGCAGUUUGCCACUGGCAGUGACAGAGUACCAGUGGGAGGAAUGAGCAAACUUAAAUUAAUCAUAGCUCGACAAGGUCCAGACUCUGACAGACUACCCACAGCCCACACCUGUUUCAAUGUUUUGUUGCUGCCGGAAUAUGAUUCAAGAGAAAAGCUGCACGAUCGGCUGCUGAAGGCCAUCAACUACUCGAAGGGUUUCGGAAUGCUGUAGUCAUACCUGUAAGUUGUGUACUUUGUUGAUAUUUGUGACUGUUAGAGCCAGCAACCACCAAGGCUGUCCAAAUCAAAGUUUAGUUUAUUUGUGAUUUGUAUGCUGGACGAAUUUAGACGUGUCUCGGUUGUAAAUAAAUUUUAUGUAUCUAGAGAUUUUAAUUCGUGUCAAACCAAAAAUUGUUUGUAUCUGCAUGGAAAAACCAUCAACGGCCUUGCAAAAACUCAAUGCUCACCUCUCCCACAAUAACUGCGAACCAACCAAAAGUUCCCACUCGGUUCCACCAAAAUUCUAAAUCUAGGUUUAUGAAAUAAAUUGAUAGAGUGCAGGCCCAGUUUCUGUUAAUAAAUUUGCAAUACCUGAA